AUGUUGAUUGUUCAAAAAGAGAGGAAUCAUGAAGAACUAGAAGCAUUAGAUAUUUUAUUUAUAAUUUUAAGAGUAUUCAAUGUUUUAGAUGUAUUUGAUAUUUCAGUAAUAUUUGAUAUUUCAGUAACAUUUAAUAUUUCAGAUAUAGUAGUAGUAAAAGAUUUGUUAG